AUGAAAGGGUGGUCCGCAGGUGAUGGUUGGGCGGCCGCGCCGACCCAAUGGGGCAGCGCGGCCGCUGCCGCCGCUAUCGCGCUGGAGCCCCGAAACGCCUCCCAUAUUUUGAAGAGCUUAAAGCUGCAUUCUGAUUAUGAUGUUCGGAGUUCCACGCAGAUUUCUUGGAUCGUCGCUGGACUCCAAUCUCUGGCGCCCGGAGCUCGCAAGGGGCCGGAGGCGACGCCUGACGGUUCCAGCGCAUAUCCGAGAGAUCCGUGCGGACCUUUUUGCUCCGUUUUCACCUCGCCUGUCCUAUUUUUUUUUUGUUGCUGA